CAGAUCUCAUCUGAUCCUAAAGGAGAACUGAACACAAGACACACAGCCAUGGCACCAACAAUCACUGGAUCAGCCAUCAGCAGAGAACAACUUCCACUCACAAACAAGCUGAGAAAGCCGAUAGUGGAGAAGAUCCGCAGAGAACGAAUCAACAGCAGCAUUGAGAAGCUCAAGUCUCUUCUGGGUCAAGAGUUCGUAAAGCAACAGCCCGACUCCAGACAGGAGAAAGCUGAUAUCCUGGAGAUGACGCUAGAUUUCUUGAGACUCCAGCAGCGCUCCCAGAAUCCCUCGUCCUUCAGCUCUACUGCAGCUGGUGACGGACGCUCCAGAUGUGUGCAGGAGGCCGUCAACUUUCUGUCUCAGUGUCCAGAGCAGACAGAGUCCCACAGAAGACUGCUGAAGCACUUCCUGAACACACAGCCCUGCACAGAGAACAACACACGAGUGCCGCCUCAGAUCAGUUCACCAGCCGCACAGAGCAGCAGCAAAGAGCAAACUCUGGCGCUCUGGAGACCCUGGUAGAGCCACCAGGACCCGUGUGAUUUAUCAGACAGAAUUCAUAAUGCCAGUCUGAGAUUGGCAUGGACUGAAAUUCUAACGUAGGAAUUGAUUUCCGCCUCUGAUGCUUAUGCAGCACCUUUAAUCUGCUUUCAGAGAAAGUUUGUGUUUCAUUGAAACUGUAUGACCAGUGAUAUUUGAUGAGAAUGUACAGAAUCAUUUGCUGUGUAAAAUGAUUACUACAUUUGUGAACAUUCAGAUUUAAAGAAACGUUAAAGUCUGAUUCAGACAUUUGAGCUCUUGUAGCUCUUUCACCCAUAUUGGGUUUAUUCUUUCACUGCUUUCGUUUACUGAAAGUUUUUAUUAUAUUUCUGUUGUUUGAAACAGAAGGCUUCUCUUAUUAUAUAAGAAAUAUUUCUUCAUUUGAAGGAUAUUAUGUGUUGAAAGCACAAAUGAUUGUUUUUAAUGUUUGCAUGUGUUUACAUGAAUGAGACGUUUCCCCUGUAAAGGGCAGUUGUCUAUCGUCACUGUUAGUGAUUUCAGUUUUACUCUUUGUAUUCAAAGUCAAGUUCUUACCUUCUUGGAAGUUGUCUUGCAUUGCACAUUGCACUGGCUUAAUACUUUUAAAUGUCUGUGACAUUGUACAUUUCUUCCAAGAGAAUUACAUAAUAACAUGAGUUCUUCAUGAUUGUGAAAAUAUGUAUUGACAUAUUGUUGCUAAUGUUACUGCUUUGUUACUUUAAGACACUAAGAAUGUCCUUUAAAGUCGAGACAAACGUUUAUUGUCAGAUUUGCUCACAUAGAGCAGCAAUCAUAUUGCUUAUGACAAAUAAAUUGUACAAUCAAA